CUGUGCGCCUGCUGAGGGCAGCAGCGACUACAGCCGACAGCGAGGCGACAAAGGCUAGUGUAUGCAGUGCGGUGUCAUCUUGAUCACCGCACUGAUGGCACGCAGUCGUCACCUCUCUAGACGAUGAUGAACCUGCACGCCACAUAAAUCGAUAAUAUAGCUACAAUUCCCUAUACCAUUCCGUAGAGUCUUCAGUCAUCCUAGUCUUUAAGGUUUGAUUUUGUUUGAUAUGUAUCGAACAAAUGUUUGCAUUACAGAACAAAGUCCACACCAAGCACGAUGAGCUUACAACAGUUCUUGGAGCAGGAAAAGAAUAAAAAGGAGGAAAAGUACAAGUACGAGUACAACCCGAGCUGGGGCAUGCAGCCGUAUUGGGCGGGCGGUGAAGACAUGCUCUCAACCUUCAAGGAGGACCCCAGCAAGAAUAUCACCACUACCAAGGCACCCAUGGUCUGCGGCGAGGAGUGCAACUAUAUACUGCAGAAAAUAAAGCACGUGUGUGCUCAUAAGACCGACUAUAAUGCUGUCAAUGGCUGCACAGGCGAAGAGUGUUCAGGCAAGCCAGGAGAGAAUAUAGACGUUGGGUUCAAAACCUUCAACACUUACUGCGAGUACCUGGACGCCGCGUGCCAAAACGACUUCACUGAGGGCCGUACGUAACUACUGCGUCGCUUAUUUUAAGACUGCAAGUCGCCAAGUGCGAGUUGGACAAGAGAUACUGAGGGUUCUGUACAAAUGGGCAGAAGAAAACCUAAACGGAUAUUAGAUAAAUAGCAUUGUGGGUAUCCAUCCUAAAAUUCAUCUGAACCUCGAACUUUAUUUUUAGUAUUUGUUGUCAGUGUUAACAGACAACAAAUGGACGGUUGAAAUUUUUACAGCUAGAGACAGAUGAAAUUUUGACGGACGGACGUACCGACAAUGGAACUUCAGUAAUAGGGUCCCAAUUUUACCUCCAAAAUAAUAGUUAGUAAAACAACAAGCCCAAACAGUGGAUACUAAUUAUGAUUAUUAACCAUAACCCAAAGCUCAGUAUUUGAAACAGCGAGCCUUUAACAAGUACGUAAAUUAAAAGAAACUAGUUAUAUUUCUAAAUUAUUAGCUAAUGCGUCAUAAAAGUUUUUGGCUUUAUAAUAAAACGCUCAGAGGACUAAAUCUUCUUGCGUCUGUAGAUCGCAUUCAGCGGUAUGGUUUGUAGAUAUGUAAAAUGUACAUAUUUUCAAAUGUACAAUACGUUCACACUGAUUGCAUGCAAUACACAUAUUGAAAAGACGAAGUGAUGCACUGUCUAGACACUUGACACUUGAAGUUUUUCAUUAGUUCUCUAUUGUCAUUGUCAACAUUGUCUAGUUGAGGCUAGAAUGAUGACAGCCGUGGUCGAGUGGCGUACGCACCGGUUUCAAGGUGUCGCUAGCUCUGAGG